AUGUUAUGUCAGUGUCAGUUCGUGCUCUUCACCGUCCUGUCGUUGGUGUGCUUCGCGGCGGACUUCUGCCGGUGUUCGAGCUCGGAGUACUUAAUCAUUCGCCAUGGCCGAUCGCGCGUCCGGCACUCGAGCGAGAAGGACCACAUCCGGUGGGGCCUGCAAGUGUUCGACAACUUUACGCUGCUGGACUACGACGCCAGUGGCGGCAGUGGGAGCGGUGCGGUUGUCAACGAUGAGCAAACGAUUGUUUCAUCAUCAUCACCAUCGCCAUCCUCCAGCUCAUCCGCACAGUCGGUUCCGUGGCGUGGAUCCGGUGCGGCCACCGACGGUGGAGGGAAUGCCGGGAGUGCCGGAGGUACCCUCACGAUUCAGUUUAAUGAAUCGGAGGAGCUGGAGCGCAUGAUAGAGCUGAGUGAUUUCGACAACCUGCGCUUCGGAGCCGCCAGUCCCGGGCGUAAUGGCGCCUCGGAUCCCGCAGACCCGUCGACAACGCGGCCAACCGGUUCCGCACCGACCACCGUCCACCCUCCGCCGAAGGAGGGCAAGCUCAUCAAGAAGGAAAUAAUGGAGAACAUUCGUCGCACGGUCGACAAGGGUUUGGAGUACUUAAAGUCGCACCGGAAUCUCGAUGAGGUGAAAAUUGAGCUCGUCCCGUUCCGCUCCGCGUCCAAACGGUCCCAUUCGCGCCGAAAGGCAUCCCACGACCCGGAAGCCACGACCAGCAGCUUCCAUCGAAGUAAUCGUCCGGAAGAGGAACCGUUUUGGUCGACGAGCUCUUCGAGUGCGCGGCCUACUCCAACACAAAGUUCAAGUAAUGUGAGGAUUUCACUGUCAGAGCGUCAGCGAAACGCGAUUGACGGGCCGCAAUCGAACGUCGGAAGAGAAUCGGAGGUCGACGGCGAGUUGAACCCGUGGGAUGAGCCCCAGAGGAACCCGCGGCCACCACCAAAGGUUUCCGAGGGUCAAGUGUUUGCAUCCAAUCAACGACUAAUCUCGUUAGGCGUAAUUCCAGGAAGGGUCGGGGAUGAAAGAGUGGCACUCGCUGAAGAUACAGGAAUAACACAGCAUAGAAAAACUUCUCCCAGUGCUUCGGAACAUCUCACCGAUCCAAUCGUGAUCGAUUCGGAAUCCCGGCUCGAAGUGGAAUGGAACGGACAGCAAGUUGUAUCAUCCACCGUUCAGCCGUGGCCAACGGGCGGGGAAGACUAUUCGAAUGAUGUUGUGGAGGAUGACGACCCUUCUGAUAGUGACCGUGCGUCGGCCUACGUAGAAUCGCCGGAGGGUGAGGAAGGAGAGACCGGUCAUGGGGCCCAGGAUGACGAUCCGCUGCUGCAGGACGCGGAAGAGAUCGAGGCUAACGGAGGCUUAGGUGAUGGUUCCGAGCCGGGUGUGGUCGAGGUGGACGUGACGAACAUUUUCCAUAUGGAGGAGGCCGAGCUCAACAAGCUGGACGAGACGAGCCGCAACAACCGGCGCAACCUGAUGAAGGGCCGGGACGUGGUGACGCAGUUCCUGCAGAUCGUCGAGAGCCAGCAUCUGCUCGGGGCGAACUGCACCGCCGGGACGGCUCUCAAUCUCGGCGAGGGCGUGGUCGACCGGUACGCACAGGAUCGGUUUCGCGUCGAGGCGGAAAUUGCCGUCAACCGUGCCAACAUGCUGACCAGAAUUUUCAAGUUCUCCUCGGCGGACGUCCAGGCGUCGGAGCACCUGUUGCACGCGUCCGUCUUGUCGAUGGUCGAGUUCGACGACGACAUUUUCGCCGGCGGAAACUGCUUCGACUGGAAUCAGCAUCCGGCCAAGCGGGGCCUGUUCUGCCCGUUCGCCUACCGCCUGCCACCGCCGGACCAGGGCGCCUCGCUCGUGAAGGACCUCGCGCUGGAGUACCACUACUUGGGCAACACCUCGGAAUGGUUCUUUCUCGCGCGCAAGAACGCCGAGAAGGUUAUCGCGAGGAACGAGCAGUAUAUAAAAUCUUUCCACGUCUAUACCAAUGGCUCCGAGCGCCAGGCGGAGGAGGUCUUGUCGGUGAAAUACGAGGACGGACGGUGGUCGAAGCCGUACUACGACUGCGGAGGCGGCAAUAUCUGGAUGCUGACGUACACGGUGCCCUUCUUUGGCUACGAGAAUGGAACGUACUUUUUCAAGGGCACAUCUGGAAUAGAUAUCGAUUUACGGCGUGUCGACAUUGAUCAAUGUUCGCAGAAGAACUCCCCAUCUGGAGCGCCCCAGCCGCUGAACAUUUUCGCCGGCACGGACAAAUGCAAGCAGCGCACGACGGAGUGCAUUCCUAUUCCCGGGCUAGGUUUUCGUCGAGGAUCGUAUCGUUGCAUUUGCCGGAAGGGAUACUACUUUCCCGACACCACGAUCGAGCAGAAGUACUUCAAUGGGAGCACGUUGGAGGAGGAAUACGAAAAGCUAAUGCUGCACGAAUACAACACCUACAGUGUUCCAAAUACGUACGAAUGUUUGCCUUGCGCCGAAGGAUGUGACUUCUGUGAAGACGCGUCACCGUGUGUGGCGGCACUGAAUUGGCCGAUGCGCACAUCGAUCCUGGUGCUGGCUUGUGCCGUCAUCGGGCUGCUUCCACCAGCCGCCGUUUUCACCUUUAAGUACCAACAAGUGAAGGUCGUCCGUGCCGCAAGCCCGGCGUUGCUACGGGUAAUUGCGUUGGGUGCAUUUUGCAUUUAUUGCACGUCGGUGGUGAUGUACCCGCCUCCCUCACUGUACUCCUGCACCGCCCGAAUAUGGUUGCGGGAGAUUGGUUUCUCUUUAACGUACGGUGCACUGAUGUUAAAAACGUGGCGGAUAUCGGUCAUUUUUCGCGUCCGUUCCGCGAAGGCAGUCAAGAUAACGGACGCGUAUCUGCUGAAGCGGCUCGGAGUGCUCUGCGGUUUCGUCGGAAUAGCGCUGCUCGUUCGCACGCUGGUCGCGCCCCCGGUCGUGAUUGUUGGCCGGACUGCGGACAACCUGAAGGCUUUCCUGUGCAAAACGGAUUGGUGGGAUCAUACCUUCACCUCGAUGGAAGUCCUGUUCCUGGCAUGGGGCGUCCGGUUGUGCAUCAUGGUGCGGAAGGCACCGUCCGAGUUCAACGAAAGCCGCUUCAUAUCGAUGGCGAUCUACAACGAGUUUCUUCUGACGUGCUUCCUCAACGUGUCAAUGUUGUUCCUGCAGUCACCGGCUAAUCCCGAUUUAUUGUACAUCAUAUUUUUCUGCCACACGCAGCUUACGGUCACGCUACUGUUGGGUUUGAUUUUUGGCAGCAAGGUCUACCUGGUGUUCCGUGGAGGUGGCAAGCAUCAGGACGAUCAGACCGGGCUGGGCAUCAAGCCAUCUGGUGCUAAAUUUAUUAGCCGCUCGCACGGGCGAACAUUUGCCAACGCCAGCAGCGUCACGACGUCUACCGCCCAGCUCGGAGGCAACAUGGCCAACGAAGGUCGCCUGACGGAGACGGAAGCGCUGGAAGAACUGAAGCUACUCUACACUCAGCUCCAGCGGUUGUACGAACGUAUUCCGCAGCGUGGCGCCGCCAUCCUGACCGUCUCGAGCCUCAUAGAAGCCUGCCGUAGCACUUCACUCCGGCCCCCGCCGGCCAUCGGUGCCCCAAGUCCACUGAAAGCCAUCCAGACCGACGGUGGACCGACGGUGGGCGCCGCAAACUCCGCAUCACCCUCAGCUGCUUCCGCUGUGGUCCGACUGGACAAGAGCACCAACACCAACACGAUCGCGACCAUUCCAAAUGGCCAAAUUGAAGCUGGUGGUGGUGGAGGUGGGUUAACCAUAACCACACCCGUCGCAACCGGUGGUCCGAACGGGAUGCUGCCUUCGCCCACGCGCAUUACCAUCACGGACGACACGUCGGACGAUGGGAGUGGGCGGCAGGAGGAGGGCGAGCGACGCCAGACGCAACGAGAGGCCCGGUCGAUCGAUGGCAGCGACUUCCGGCUGGACCAUCAGCAGCUCCAGUGUAUGUGCAGUGACGGCGGGGAAGCUCUCUACGAUGGGGACGUGGCCGAGGGUCGCCGUUGCACCUGCUGCUGCACCUGCUGCGCCUCGAACCGGUCCUCCGGUAACCAUCGACAGCAGCAGAAGCAGCAGCACCGGCGCAAUGAUAGUGUGAUAAAUUAUUCCAACAGUGCAGUCCAGCUGGCUAAUGCUGGCAGUACGGUUAAUUGUAAUUGUAAGAUAAGUGCAGUGAGCGACCGUUCCGGUUCCGGAUCCGGGACGGCGGGCCAGUCGGUGCCAUUGCGAACCGCCAAACAGCACAACUCGGAGCUGGUGCUGAACUGUCAGUUCGCCGGUGUGGGGAAUGUUGCACCGACUCGUUACGACCACCAGAACCAGCAGCAGAAGCAGCAUCAGCAUCCACCGCAGCAUCAGCGUGCCUCCAGCACCAGCGAGUACAGUGAGUUCAGUACAAAAGCUUUCGAAUCUUGUGAUAAUCUGCUACAUCAGCAUCAACACAACCUCCACCACAACCACCACCAGCAGCAGCAGGCGCCACACCAGACACAACCGACCCAGCAGCAGCAGCAGCAGCGCCAACGACAAACUUCCAGUUCCGGUGAUAGUUUAGAUAAUCAUGCGUCCUACGCGUCGGGACGGGGUGGUGGGGCGCGCGGUGCGGAGGGGACCCUCGCUCAACUGUCACCAUCGCCGGCCACAGCCACGGGACCGGCGACGGCGGAGGACGAGAGAGCGGCCGCCGAGGCGACACGGUUGGUGAAUCUAGAAAAGUUUAACAAAUUGUAUGCCAACAAUAGCAGUAGGAUAGAUAGUCUCAAGGAGCACUUUCUCAUGCGAAACGCACUCACGACGGCCCUGCAGAACCUGGAGAACGAGAACCGGUCGCGGGGUGUGGCGCGUGGUCGGUUGAGGGAACCGUGCGGUGAAGCACCAGAACCGGAAUCCCGUGUUUCCGGUGCACCGGUGGAGCUGAGUGCCUCGAAGGUGGACGGGUCGGAAACCGGCGGGUCGGGGGUUGACCGACAACUGUCAACCCCCUCGGCGGAGGGGUCCGCGGGUGUCAAGCGAAUGGAGGAUGGAGCAAGUAGAGCUGUCAACGCCAACAGUAGCACCACCAGCAACAACAGCUCCAGUAGUAGUAGUAGUAGUAGCACCGGUGGCGGAAGCACUACCAACUCACCAGGAACGUCAACGGCCGGUGAGGGAGGCGGUGCUCUUGGCAACAACACGGAAGCACCCAGUUCCGGUGGAGGGAAGAAGAAAAAAUCUCCCGAAAAACGGUUAGUCAUCGAUCUGAACGAUCGCUCCAAAUACACCGAAGAGGUGUCGGUGUGA